UUAAUCGUUAAACAAACCUCUCAUAGUGAUUGGUAAGCACUGCGUGAUGCAUUGCAUGAACACUCUUCUCUUCAAAUCGGAUUCGAGAUGCUAAUCAUUUCCUUCAGAAAUUGAAUUGGGUUAUAUCAGGUAAUGUAAACAUUAGCAGGAUCUGUAAAUCAAGAAUUUGAAAUAUUCAACUGUCUAUUCUCGGGAAAAACUUUCGUUGGACGCAUGACAUGUCCUCUCAAGUUCGCGGAAGCAUUCCUACUGAGUUACCUCCCAUCAUACACAGGACAUGGCGCUGAACACUAGAAAUUCUGCACGUGCAUUAUGAUUGAUAAUCGUAAUGUCGACUUUCACUGUGUAAAAAAUCGAUAAUGUCGGAUAAAAAUAAUUGCUGGGAAUUAGAGUUGGAACAAGAUUCAAAGUCAAGUCGAAAACGGAAGGGGAACUUUGCAGAUAGCAAGUUUGAUACACCCAAACGACGCAGAAGCGAAAGUUACAGGCAAACAAGACAACCCAACAACCGCAACAUUCGCAACAUUGACAGCUUCGCUGACAGACAGUCACAAAAAUAUGAACUUUUCUUUGGUUGGCAAUCACCUUUUAGUCAACAUCACCCAGUCACGUUCACAGUUGACAACAAAGUUUUCAACUGCGCCGAGCAGUAUUACAUGUACAGGAAGGCAGCGCUGUUUAAAGACAAAGCUAUUGAAGAGAAGAUAAUGAAUUCCAGUAAUCCCAAGGAACAGAAGCGUCUGGGCAAGCAGAUCCAGAACUUCAACUUUGACACGUGGAUGCAGCACAGCAAGGAGGUUGUGGAAAGAGGCAACAUGGCAAAGUUUUCCCAAAAUCCCAACCUGAAGAAAAAGCUGUUUGCCACUUCACCUCGACUGAUGGUGGAGGCAAGUCCCUACGAUGCUACCUGGGGAAUUGCAUUACACAAAAAUGACCCCCGGGCUUGGGACGAGCGGACGUGGAAGGGUAAAAACUUGCUUGGCCGAAUCAUCACCGAUGUCAGAGACAACCUGAUGAGACAGGAAGGAGUUUUGGGUGACAAGGAAGGAGAAAGUAGGGAGAAGACAGGUUACAACACUGCAGCCAUUUAUAGUUCAGAUAGGUAUCACAGGCACAAUUCUGAUGAUAUGGACAGAAGAAGAGCGGAAUGGCACAGUUUCAGUCACAUGAAGGGGAGUGAGAGUUGUGGGCAAAGGACGAGCAGCAGUGAGUGUCCAGAUAGCCAUGGGAAGUGCUCACAGAGUAGAGAUAGCGACCAGAAUAGUGGAAGUGAAAGGACUGGCAGUGGUGGCAGAGAGAGGUUGGACAAACGUAAAUCUGGAGGCAAGCGUGUGUCCAGAUGGGAUAAGGAGAGUGAUGGCAGUCUGAGUAAACAAAGAAGCACUGUCACUCAGAAACAGAAGACAGACCAGGGAGAAAGUUACAGCAGAGGGGAUAGUGUGAGGGAAAGAGAUGGCAGUCCGGGUAGACACAGAAGUCCUGUCACUAAGAAACAGAAGACCACCCAGGGAGAAAGUUGCAGCAGGACGGAUAGUGAGAGGUUAGGGGAGACAGGGGAGGAGAGGACAUGUGGGAGGAGCUGGAAUAAGGAACAGAGAAGAAGAGACUGUGAAAGGUCGAGGAGUGACAGCCAAGGUACAAAUAGUGAGAAUAGCAGCAGUUCCAGUGAAGAUAGUGACAGAGGCAGCAGUGUGAUUGGCCAGACUUCCAAAGCUGGCAGGCAUCUGAAAAAGAAAAAGAAGCAGAAGAAGAGGAGGAGGAGCAGAAAUGACAGUCAGAAGAAGAAUGAUGAACACAGUAGUAAUGGCAGUGAAGCAUCACGACAGGAUAGAAAGGAAAGAAGGAAGGAGCAUAGUGACAGUAAUAGUUCAAGCAGAUGUGAGGAUUUGAAGAGAAAGGAAAGAAGGAACAAGACUGCCAAGCUUGAUAAUCAAGGGGAAGAGGAGAGAGUGGAUGGCGAGGACAAUGGCGUGGUAUUAGAGGGAGAAGAGAGACAAGAUGACAAGUGUAUGGACAAGGAUGUUAGGAGCAUACAGCUGAGGGUGAUGAUUGAAGGCAAGGGUAGUGGGAAACAUGGUGGCCAGGGACAGAAGAGCUACAACACUGAAGAUGGAAAGAGAGUGUCCAGUAGUGUCCCACACAGCAGACAUUGUGAGAUUGGGGCAGGGAGUGAGGGAGAUGGAGGGGAGAAGCAGAGCAAAGAAGACACAAUGACUGAGAAGCCACUUCAUGGAGGUACACAGGAGAUAGUGUUAGGAGUGUCUGAGACAGGCAGUGAGACUAGGAGGGAGGAAGGUGUUCGUCAGGAAAGUAAGAAAGAUGACAGUUUGGGUAUGAAUGCAAAAGGAGAAAGUGAAAAAGCUGAUGAACAGUGUGACAAAGCAGGCAGUGAGGCUGAGAAGAAAAAGAAUGGAGAAGAUGUGUUUUCAGCUGUUGAUGAAACAGAGGCCUCUGAUAAGGUACACAUAGAGCAUGUGUCAAGGGAGAAAGUGGACAUUGAAAACACAAUUGAUGAUAAAGAAAGUCAUAAGUCAAAUAAUGAAAGCAAGAGAGUGGACAGAGAUGUUGCAGGUGACGAUGAGCCUGUGGAAACUGAGGAAACUGUGAUGGAUGUAUUCAGAGACUACAAGAUGGCAACUGAAGGUUGUGGAGCAGAGGAAGGCAAUGAACAAGUAAAGGAGGAUGGCAAAGGAGCUCAUGCAGAGGGUCAGAAGAUUUGUAUCAAAUCAUUCAAGAAGUCUACCAACAGACACUAUCGUAACAACAAGAAGGUUAGUGAUAGCGAGUCUGGCGGGACAGAUGGUGGGAGCAGAAAGUCCAGGAAACAUGUGGACAGUGGAAACGAUGGAAGGAGGUCGAGAUGGAAAAGUGAUGACAGGAUGGUUAGUGUGGAUAGGGGCAGUAAAGAUGUAUCUAGCAGGACUAGCACGAGUACAAGCGAGACUAGACAUGCUAGCAGGAGGUACAUUGCUGAUAGUGAAACAUCCAGAAAUCAUAAAAGGGAUAGGAGUUCCAGGAAAUGUAGUGUUGACAGGAUGUCUCAAUGGAAGGUUCAUGAGGUUACUGAGAGGCACAAGGAUGUCACCAUGAAACAUAGUGAGGUUUCUAAGAAGCACAAGGACAUGGCCAGGAAGGUUUUUGAGAAGGACAAGAAUGUGGACAGGAAUGAUAGUGAGGUUUCUAAGAAGGACAUUAAUGUGCUCAGGAAGGAUGGUAAGGGUUCGAAGGACAAGGACAAAUAUAGUAAGCACAUACAUGAUAGAAAGGUUAGUGGAGGAGAUGACAGUGAUGCAAGAGUGGGGGAAAGUCCCAAGGAGCAUAAUUGCAGGAAACAAGGUAAUGAUAAUUAUUCAAGUAAGGACCAAAAGAAGAAGAAAAAAAACAAGAAAAAGCGGGAGAUAAAAGAGAAGAGGAAUAAAAAGAAAGCAAGGAGAAAAGAAAUCAGAGCACAGAGAAAAGCCGAGGAAAAGAAAGGGAAUAGGUGUGUUGGUCAAGGUCACAAUGAUAAAGGUGAAGGAUGAUAGGGACAGUGAAGUAAGAGAUGGUCAAGCCUGUGGACUGGCAGACAGUAGGGGUGUUCGAUUCACUGAUAUGUAUCCCAAAUUUACUCCUGUUGAUAAGAUACCUACGUAUCAAUUCUUGUUUUUGUACUGUAUUGAUUUUCAGAAAGUAAAGUUUUACAAAUAUU